CCUAGCGCUACACCCAAAAAAGGGCGCUGGAUACAGUGUGUGUGCGGGUAUCACGGAAGCCGACAGUGCCCGCGAUUGCUUUUGAUUACUUCUUGGUGUCGUUUAUUCGCUUGUUUCGAUGCGAGUUUGUGAGUCGUGACGUCAUUAUGAAGGUUCGAAUGCUCAAUGCAGCGCAGUUGUUGUGAUGAACAUGUCAUACCAGCUGGCGUGGUAGGGCACAGUAAAUAUUGUGGGAUGGCUGCUUGCUCCGCUCUUACUUCAGCUUUGCGAACUGCGAGAAAGAUACUUCCUUCUGUAGGGUUCGCUCGCCGCGCUUCCUCUGCCUCUUCUCGACCUCGCUCUGUGCAUCACCUCCGAAACAUGAUUGACAAAGUCUGGUACGCCGAAGGCCUCACUGCCGACCGCCAUGAUUCCCUGACCAACGGCGACCUCACAAACGGCGACUACGACUUCACGGCAAAUGAUGUCCGCACAGUCAACCACGUCCCCAUCACCAGCAGACAAAGGCCAUGGGUGAAUCCCAAGAACUCUCCCCUCAAAGACCCAGGCCUCGCACGCGCCAACAUCGCCGCAACCUUCGACAAGCCCAACGGCACCACGGAAGGCGACUGGGCCAAGAAGCAUCGACACCAAACCGUGCUACAGCAACACUGCGAGUUCUUCGACCGCGACCGCGACGGCAUUCUUUGGCCAAGUGACACCUUCGUCGGCUUCUACAACCUCGGCUUCGGUGUGAUUCUCUCCGCGUUCGCGCUGUUCAUCAUCCAUAUCAACUUCUCCUAUCCCACAUCCUCCUCAUGGCUCCCCGACCCGCUGUUUCGCAUCAAUUUGGUUAAUAUCGAUCGUACCAAGCAUGGGAGUGAUAGCGAUACGUAUGAUAGUCAGGGCCGCUUCCGGCCACAACAAUUCGAAGACAUCUUCAGCAAAUACGCGGACGGUAAGGACUAUCUGGAUAUCUGGACGUUGAUGGCUCAAAUCAAGGGGCAGAGGAAUAUCAGCGAUCCGAUUGGAUGGGGUGGGGCGAUCUUUGAGUGGAUGGCGACGUAUCUCAUGUUGUGGCCGGAGGAUGGGAAGAUGAAGAAGGAGGAUAUCAGGGCGAUUUAUGACGGGAGUUUGUUCCACAAGUGGGCGAGGGACUGUGAGAGGAAGAGGAAGGCGGGGACGAUGAGACGGUGGUAGGACGCGGCUGUGAUGGCGAGCGCUUGAUUGACGGCUUUGAGCAUCUGAUGCUUGCAUGUCCGCAUCGGUGGGACAUGGAUACCAUCGAGAGCAUCAUGCCAUUGAAGACAAGACAUGCUGCGUGUAUUCCAAAGGCAUUCACGUUAUCCUUGAUUUCAUAAUGAACUGGAAGUGCUUGGCUUCGAUGGAGCUAGUUUCGCGCUAGUAGGGCCGCUCUUAGAUCGUCUAGUGUCUGCUUCAACAUCCUCACAUCGUCC